AUGUCGACCUUUAAAGGUAUCGUCGCAGAAUUCCCCCAAAUCCGCAUCGACUGCUUCCGCACCACUCCAGGCCACCCCCCACCCCUGGCCUGCUUCCUAAGCCACGUCCACAGCGACCACCUCCAAGGCCUCGAAUCCCUCAAAGCGCCCUUCAUCUACUGCUCCCUCGCGACCCGCCAGAUCCUGCUACGGCUAGAGCGCUAUUCUCACCGCAUGAACUUCGCCAAGGGGAUCCUCGAGAGCCGGGUCCAGACUUACAAGCACCUCAGGAUGCUGCUGAAGACCAUCCCCCUGGAAACACCUACGAGGAUCGAACUUAGCCCCGGGAACGAGAUCAAAGUGACGUUAUUGAAUGCGAACCACUGCGCGGGAGCCGUCAUGUUCCUGAUCCAGGACACCCGGAAAGCGAUUCUUUAUACAGGAGACACUCGAUCCGAGCCCUGGCUCGUGGAGUCCCUGGUCCGGAGUCCAGUGCUCGUGCCCUUUACGCUCGGGAGCAGGCGGCUGGAUACGAUAUACCUGGAUACGACCUUCGCGACCAAGACGGAUGUGUACCGCGAGUUUCCUUCCAAGGCGGCGGGGCUGGCUGAGCUGCUGGAGAAGGUCUCGCUGUAUCCGGCGGACACGAUCUUCUAUUUCCAGGCGUGGACGUUUGGGUACGAGGACGUGUGGAUUGCGCUGGCGGCGCUGCUGGGGACGGCUGUGCAUCUUGACCGGUACCGGUGGCGGAUCUAUCGGUCGUUGGCUGCGGCGCCGGCGAAAGAGGGAGGGCCGGUUUGUGCGGAGGCGCCGCCGCUGUGUGGGUUUCAGCUUGGGAAUCACUGGCAGAGUGGAUGUUUGACGGACGAGCCGGGGGCGCGGCUGCAUAGCUGUGAAAGAGGGACGGGAUGUUCGGUGGUGGAUGGGAACCCGAACGUCGUGUGGAUCAUCCCUAUCAUCACGCGGACGCCUGACGGGACUGAGAUGGCGGAGCUGGGGGCAGGAGGCGGUAAGGGGGAUCUGGAUCAGGUGCAUGAACUCGAUACCGCGGAUGUGGCGGCCGUUGCGCAAUUGAUGAAUAUGUGUGCGACGAAGAUCACGGAGCCGGAGAAGCUUCAGAGGGUGCUGCGGCUGCUUUCUUCUGUCCUGGAAGAGAAGCAGACACGGAUACAGCUUGGAGGAGCCGGAGGUGGAGUGGAUAACGAAGAGGGCCAUCUCGAUCUGGAUCAGCUGCCCUUACAGGAGCUGGUGGAUAUACUCGCUCGCCUCGCCUCGGCUGACAGCGACGGCGCUGAAGCUCUGCGCCCUCUCGGACAGCAGAAACGGACCAAGGAGCUUCCGCGAACAAUCACUUUCCCCUACUCGCGCCACUCCUCCUACAGUGAGCUCUGCAGGCUCGUCGAAGCCUUCCGCCCACGCGACGUCUACCCCUGCACCGUUGACUACGCGAACUGGAAUCCCUCACUCAGCAUGCGCGCACUCUUUGGCCAUCUCUGUUCCGGCGACAUUUUUGCUCACGACGAAGAGAUGCACGAGCUCCUAGCAGAGCGCGAGGAGGAAGACGGAGGCCGAAAGAGGAAGCGCGGAGACGGCUCCACGACUCCUGAGACUCGAGACAGCGAGACCGAGGAUGAGAGUCUGGUGACGCAGAUACGGAUCGCCAGUCCAAGGCCCGCAUUAACAUCAGGAGACGAGUCGUCCGCGGCAUUCUUCACGCCUCUGCAAGCAUUGCCGGAAACUGAGCAGACUGUCUUGGGGUCCGGUACACCGUCUAAGCAGCUUGAGGGCCCCCAGGGCGCUAUCGCCGAGUCUUCAAAUCGGGAAUCGGAAACUUCCAGGGUAGCAUCUUUUGACCAAUCCGUACAUUACUCCAGCUGGAGUACGAGAGACUGGGCGUACAACUGCGCGGCUGGAUUUCACGGCUUGACUUGGACUGAUUUUGGCGGGCUCGUCUGCGCCGGGGACGGUCACGGUGAGCGCGAGGUUGAGCUGUGA